UUUAACUCUAGACAUAUCUAUUUAUCCAGACAAUUCCCUACUCUUUGGCUCUUUCCUUCCCAGUUGUUCACUCGCUUCGCAAUUGCUACAUUAUGCUCUCCCCCACCGACCCCCAGUUCAGUGGCUCAUCUGGCCGUAUCAUCAAUGUGACCACGACCUUGCCUACGCAGAUCUACAAGAACGACGAAACCAACGGCGAAUGGGCUAUCAGACCCAUCAGCGGAAAUUCCGCGCUCUACGCUUCCCACAGGUUCCUCGAGUCCUCCAGCUGGGAGACCCAUAUCGUGGGCUGGACCGGCGAGUUGCAUUACUCCACGGCGAUAAUCCCACAGCACCACGGAAACGCGUCCAACACUACGCACUCCAACAAUAACGAGUUGGAGGAGUGUGUCCACGCAUCUGCCGACCGCACCGAAACCGACCCAUUGUACCUCAGCGAGGCAGAAAAGACGGCCAUUGAGCGGAAGCUCCAGCCGGGGGAGAAGACUACUGUGCACCCCGUGUGGCUUUUGCGCAAGGACCAGCUGCGCUGGCGUCAUUACGCGGAGGAGUUCCUCUGGCCGGUGUUCCACUACAUCCAGCCAGAUCCCGCCACCAUGGAUGGCAAGUUUGAGACAGAGGCGUGGCGUGACUACGUGCGCUUUAACGAGGCGUACAUGCAAGCAAUCGCCGACGUAUACCAACCAGGUGAUAUCAUCUGGAUCCAUGACUACUACCUCUUGCUUCUUCCGCAGCUUGUGCGCAUGCGCUUUCCGGAUGCGCGUGUCGGCCUUUACGUGCACGCGCCGUUCCCGUCCUCGGAGUACUUCCGCUGCUUGUCGCGCCGCAAGCAGCUUCUUGACGGGAUGUUGGGCGCUAACCAGGUGGGCUUUCAGUGCGCCAGCUUUGUUAGACACUUUAUCUCGUGCUGCACGCGUCUUUUGGGCUGCGAAGCCACCCCCAGCGCCGUCUCCGCGUAUGGGCUGGACGUGGCCGUCUUCACCUUGCCCAUCGGCGUAGACGUGGAUUAUAUCCAGAGGGAGGCUUUCUUGCCAGCAGUUGACGAGCGCCUCCAGGCCAUUCGCGAAUUGUAUCCAGGCAAGAAGUUAAUCGUCGGCAGGGACCGUUUGGACGCUGUCAGAGGGGUUGUCCAGAAGCUAGAGGCCUUUGAGAUGUUCUUGUCUAUGUACCCCGAGUGGCGCGAAACCGUGGUGUUGAUCCAGGUCUCGUCCCCGACCUACGCCACCUCUGCGAAACUCGAGCGUAAGGUGAAUGAGUUGAUUGCGAGCAUUAAUGGUGAGUAUGGCCUGCUUGAACACACACCCGUCCAGCACUACCAGAUGCGCGUGAUGAAAGAGGAAUACUUUGCGUUGUUGCGUGCGGCCGACUUGUCUAUCGUCAGCUCCAUCCGCGACGGCAUGAGCACCACGUCGUUGGAGUUUGUGGUGUGCCAACAGGGCAACAGCUCGCCAUUGAUAUUGUCUGAGUUCACGGGUACCGCCUCUGUCUUGAAAGAUGCGUUCUUAGUCAAUCCCUGGGAUGCCGUGGGUGUUUCCAGGAGCAUUAACGAAUGCUUGUUGAUGUCUGACGAGAAGAAGCUAGCCAGGCAGACGAAGCUCUUAGCGGAGGUCCAGGCGAACACCGUGCAGCUGUGGACCAACGCCUUUGUUUCGCGUUUGAUGACGUCGGAAACGGUUCCGCUGGUCACCCCUGCGUUGAACCGGCCGUUGGUGUUGGCCGAGUACCGGGCUGCCAAUCGCCGCUUGUUCUUGUUCGACUACGACGGAACCUUGACCCCGAUCGUCCAGGACCCCGCCGCCGCAACCCCCUCGCACAAGCUCGAUAUCUACCUCGACCUGUUAGCGGAGGACCCUAAGAACCAGGUGUGGAUAAUCUCGGGGCGUGACCAGGCCUUUUUGGAAAAGUGGAUGGGUGGAAAGAACGUGGGCCUUUCCGCGGAGCACGGUUGUUUCAUGAAGGAUUUGGGGUCUCACGAGUGGGUAAACUUGGCAGCGGAAAUCGAUAUGCUGUGGCAGAAGAAGGUGGAGGCGGUGUUCCAGAAGUACACUGACCGCACCCCGGGCACCAAUAUCGAAAUGAAGAAGGUGGCCGUCACCUGGCACCACAGACGGGCCGACCCGGACUUUGGGAACUACCAAGCCGGCGAGUGCUACCGUGAGCUCAUGGCCACCAUCGCCAUCACAUAUGACGUGGAGGUGAUGAUCGGGAAGGCAAACAUUGAGGUGCGUCCCAAGGUGUUGAACAAGGGUGAGAUCGUCAAGCGCUUGGUUAGAGCUAAUCACGGGGCCAAACAGGGGUCUGCCGCUUCCAUGCCUGAGGGUGAUGUUGCGGACUUUGUGUUCUGCGCCGGUGACGACUUGACCGACGAGGAUAUGUUCCGGGCGUUGAGCGAGGUCGAGAUCGACCGCGUGCAGAAGGGUUACACCAGGAACCAAUGGAAUGGGUUUGGGGUCCAUCCCGUCGCAGUAGGGCCUGCAUCGAAGAAGACCACUGCCACCGCUCAUUUAGUCGAUCCCGCGGCGGUAAUUGAAACCAUUGGCUUGUUUACGGGCCAUGUAUCGAUCUUUGAGGCCGCUGGAACGGUGGAGCUCGACGACAGGGGUCACAUUGCCGGCAGUGAGUCGUCGGUGAGGGCUCUUUCCCGUACCAUUGCCAGCACAAAGAUCUAGUUCAAAGAUUGUGGUCUCUGCUAGAGCUGCGUAAGAAAAGGCUUAUUUAAUUUUUUUCCCUCUAUAGUAUAUUAAUACACUGUUGUUUGCCAAAGUGGUGAUCAGAAAGCUUAGAUUAUGAGUGGUACGAAUGGUUCUGGAGAGAGGUGCA